GGGUGUUUGCUUCAGAUUCCAGUCGGAGAAGGAAACAGGGGAUCGGAAUUAUGCCAUUGGCUAUUAUCUCAAGGAAAAGAAGUGCUUUCCUAAGGGGGUGGACAUGAUGGCUGCCCUUGAUCUCUACUUCCAGCUGUGCUCUGUGGAGGUCACUUGUGAAUCAGGCAGUGUCAUGGCAGCCACCCUCGCCAAUGGUGGGAUCUGCCCCAUCACAGGCGAGAGUGUGCUGAGUGCUGAAGCAGUGCGCAACACCCUCAGCCUCAUGCAUUCCUGUGGCAUGUAUGACUUCUCUGGCCAGUUUGCCUUCCACGUGGGCCUGCCAGCCAAGUCAGCUGUAUCAGGAGCCAUCCUCCUGGUGGUACCCAAUGUCAUGGGAAUGAUGUGCCUGUCACCCCCAUUGGACAAGCUGGGGAAUAGCUAUAGGGGGACCAACUUCUGCCAGAAGUUGGUGUCUCUCUUCAAUUUCCACAACUAUGACAACCUGAGGCACUGUGCUCGGAAGUUAGACCCACGGCGUGAAGGCGGAGAAGUUCGGAACAAGACUGUGGUCAACCUGUUAUUUGCGGCCUACAGUGGUGAUGUCUCAGCUCUUCGAAGGUUUGCCUUGUCAGCCAUGAAUAUGGAACAGAAAGACUAUGACUCACGCACAGCUCUGCAUAUUGCUGCAGCUGAAGGACACAUCGAAGUUGUUAAAUUCCUGAUCGAGGCUUGCAAAGUGAAUCCUUUUGUCAAGGACAGAUGGGGCAACAUUCCCCUGGAUGAUGCUGUGCAGUUCAACCAUCUGGAGGUGGUCAAACUGCUUCAAGAUUACCAGGAUUCCUACACACUCUCUGACACUCAGGCUGAGGCAGCAGCUGAGGCCCUGUCUAAAGAGAACUUAGAAAGCAUGGUAUGAGCACAGGUCAUGGAGAGCCCCUGCUCAAGAAAAAGCACGAGCUGGCCACACAUGUAAUCCAUAACCACCAAAAAUGCUAUGGAGAGCUACACUGCUUCAGUGAGGACCAAGCAGUCAUGUGUGACUUAGGCUAGUGCUUUCUAUGAGAGUCAAAAUACCCCAUUCCCUCAGCAGACAGAGUACAGAAAAGGGCCUCAGUAGAUACCUGCAGUAGAGCUAUCCAGAGAGAAUGGGCUUCAAGGUACAGCCUAAUGGCUUGCCCCACUCAAAACCAUCCCAGCUCUUCAUCCAGGUCUCCUCUUCCUCUCCCUGAAGAAACCGUCAUGAGAGAGACAUUCUGGUGGAGGGACUCUAGCUACCAUGCACAUGUAUAUAUCCACAGAAUAUGGGAAGUGGAAAUGGCUAUGUACAUGGCUUUAGUAGUCUAGAGAGAUCUACUCUCCUUGGCCAGGACAUGCUGCUGCUACUGCUAACAGACAAUUUUAUAGACAGAGAAAGUAUUUUGUGUUCAAAUAAACUUUAAUUAUCAAAU